AUGGGAGCUUUGACAGCGGAUCAGAAGAGGCAUCUUGCAACCUUGAGCACCGAUCUGCGUUUCCAGCUGGCCCAGGCUGAGGUCACGCCUGUUAAUCAGGCACGUUUGGGUGAGCUUGGCAUCCGAACUUUGGUUCUAUUUGCAGGUCUGGAUGAAUCUCGCGAGCGAGUCCGCGCGGCGCUCGCAAGUGAGCUCCCUCUUGACGUGCAAGCUUCUCUGGCCAACCGUCUCGAAAUGGCACGUCUGAUUUCAGCCUGGGAGGCCUCGAAAUUGCAUCUCGAGGUGAAUGAGAAGAACAGAGCCGAGUCACGUCUUGGAACUCAAAAUCGAUUGGUUCAGCCGAGUGAACAACAUUCCAUGCGCGUGGCGGUGGAGGCUGUCCUGGGUUCUUUGAAAGACAAGGAAGUUCCUUCGCGAUCGUUCUUGGCGACCAAGCUUGAACAGAUCGAGGCCAAUCAACCGGCGGUGGAGUGUCUCACUGAGGUGGCCUCGUUGGAGGAUUCCGAGCUUGAAAUGUAUUCAGCGGUGAUCGACCCUGCUACAAACGUCUUGAAGAUCAAAACUGGCAAGACGUUGACUUCAACCCCGCAGUCCCCCGAGGAGUUGCGUCUUCGUCACCGCAGGAUCGGUCUCGCCUGGGACAUGCUCGCGACUAAACAUUCCAAUCGCAAUUGGCUUUCAAAGAACAUGACUGACACUUUCAGGCGCUUCAGCGAUUAUGUUCUGGGCCAGCAGGUCGCCGGCCUUAUGGCAGGUGAUGGUCGACGCCCUACUUGGAACUUGGUUUUGCAGUUUGAGCAUGAAGCCCGCAAGGCCGCCUACAAGUGGUUGCGGGACGGCGAAGUCACGGACCUGGAGGCGGCUUUCAAGAGGGCUACUACGGAUACGGAAGUCUUGCAGCGUUACUUGGUGAUUCCCUUCUCCUUGAAUAUCACGGCUGCCUCGGUUGUGCAAGUGGACGUUCCUCCUCCUUCGGCUGCUGGUUCGCCUCCUCGUGCACGGGGGCGAGGCCGAGGGCGUGGCCGUAGUGGGGUCAGGACUCAGCCUAAGGAUUCACAGCAGACCAAGGGCAAAGCUCUUCGCACUCCGGAUGGCCAGCCUCUUUGCUGGCGGUACAAUCGCCAGGGGCGUGCUGAUCUCAGUGUGCUCUACCUCUUUGCUGGUGAACCACGCAAAGGGGAUAUUCGCAGCUGGUUGGAAAAAGAAUCGUCCGGCCGCAGUUUCCAUUUAGUGGAAAUUGAUGUUGCUCGCAAUACGUCACACAAUGUCUUGCACGACGAGUUCUGGGAGGACAUUCUUGAACAGGUCCGCUCCGAACAGUUUGACUUGAUUCUUUUGAGCCCGCCCUGCAACACCUACAGCAGGGCUUCUUUUUCGAAUUCACCAGGGUCCGUACCUCUGCGCAAUGCAGACUGGCCGGAAGGCUUUCCGUGGCUCACUGGCCGCCUGAAGGACAAGGCUCAGGCGGGAACGGAGUUGCUGCGGCGCGCCCUCGACUUGGCUGCCGUGGCUUCAGAAGUUGGGGUUCCUUGGUUGCUUGAGCAUCCAGAAUUUCUCGGUACCACGCCCCGAGGCACGCCUGCCUCGGUCUGGACUUGGGCUUAUUCGCGAAAGUUCUUCGAACAGAAUGCUGUCGCGACUGUCGUUUUUCAUCAAUGCGCCUUUGGGGCCCCUUAUGCCAAGCCUACAAGGCUUGCAGGCACCUGGCCGAACCUGGGCACCCUGGGUUUUCGAGGGUGGCCUCAAUUAGAUCGCAAUGGUUGCUACCGGGGCCCUUUGCCCAAAUCUUGCGGUCAUGAUCACCCCCCUUUGCUUGGCUUUCUUGAGGACGGCACUUUUGCGACUGCACCUACAGCUGCUUAUCCUUCCGGCCUGUGCCGGGCUCUGGCGUUGCUGGCUUGGCAAGUGGUUGAUCCUUCCAGGGGCGAGCCUGGCCCUGACUCGAAGUCCUUCACGGUGGGGGCUUUUUCAAGAGGAGGGGGUCUGGCUGGCAUUCGCUCCAACACUGACAAAUUUCCGGAGUUCACCAAGAUGCUUUGUCGUUUCAUCGAUGCACUGCAGCCGGGCUUCGAAUACACUGCAGCGGCCAUCUUUCGCAAUCUUCGGACGGCUCCACACAAGGACACCGGCAACUUGGAGGGCUCUUAUAAUCUUGUGAUUGGCCUUUCGUGUUUUUCUGGUGGCGAGGUGUGGGUUGCUUCGGGGUCGGGUUCGGUUGCUUGUCCUUUCGAGGGUUUUUCUGUGACGGGGGAUCUGCUUGAAGUUGCCUCCUCUUUCUCGAUUUUCAACCCCAGAGAUCUGCACUGCACAGCGAAGUGGAAGGGGACGAGGGUCGUCCUUGUGGCAUACACGCCAUUUCUUGGCGAGGCACUGACAGAGGAUCACCGUCGGCGCUUGGCUGCUUUGGGGUUUACGCUUCCGGGAUUUGUUGGGACUGACAAUGCACCGCUACGAAACUUGGGCACGAACGAUGAUGCUGUGGGUACCGCUGAGUGGUGGCGGUCUUUGCCGGGCGAAGAAGCUGAACACCUUGAGGUGCAAGGAGGCGACGUGGGGGAUGACACUUGUGACGACCCUACGUCUGAUGAGGACGAAGAUGGUGUGAGAAAGCCACUCUAUGGGCAUGGCUGUCUGGGUCAGGGGCCUCCACUGCGGAUGACAUCUUCCCCCUUUGCAUCGGGACUGAUCGAUUCUGGGAGGACGCUGGUUUUUGAUAAGCUUCGGCAGGCAGGGGUCACCGCGCAGAUCUCUGUGGUUCCUGACCGUCAGCCAUUUUUCCUUGGUGCCAUUGGCGAACUGCUGCGACUCGCUGGCGACCCAGACUGGAGGCGGUAUACCGAGGCGACGUGGUCUUUCGCUGCAGGGGUUCCUCUUGGGGUCGGAGUCCGGCUUCCCCGGACUCCGGCUCUGUUUGAACGCAAGCAUAAACAUCGUGCUUUUCCGGGGGUCGAUGAGCCGCUGCCCGACUUGCCGAGGGAGAAUUACCCCUCUGCGCAGGAGCAUGCUGAACGGGUUGAUUUUCAGUUUCAGAAGGAGAUCUCUUGUGGUGCAAUGGUCGAGAUGGACUUGGCCGAGGCGCAGGAAGAAUUCGACGAGGCCCUGAGUAUUGCUUCGCUUGGUGCGCUUCUCAAGCCGGAUGAUUCUGUUCGAGUCUUGCACGACGGAACGCAUGGUGUGCACUUAAACGACUCGAUCAAAGUACGGGAUGCACAAUCGUAUCCUACUGGGGGCGAUCUCUCGGUGGCACUUGAAGAACUGCCGGCCGCAUACUUUUCUCUUUCAGGAGAUAUCUCUCGUGCACAUCGUUUAGUAAAGGUGAGAAGGGCCGAUUGGGCCAGGCAGGCCUGUCGGGCAUCACGUCAUGACAAAGUUUACCUCAACGCUGUUGGAACCUUUGGCGUCUCAUCUGCGAGCUACUGGUGGUAUCGCUUGUUUUCUGGGUUCGGACGUUUGCUGUACUACUGCCAUGGGGUUGAUGAAACGACGCUCCUAUCUUACGUGGACGACUUACUGUGGAUUACCCAGUCUUCGGAUGGCUUGGCGCGCAUCCUGGCCCCUGGCAUCGCCCGGUGUGACUGGGCAGUGAAUUGGAUACAACGUGUCAGGGCUGACGGCUUCGUUAAGAUUGCGGACUUGGAGGCGGUCAUAGGACGCCUUUCGUUUGGCUUCACUGUUUUACCACUAUUGCGCCCUUUUCUGGGGCCGCUCUAUGCGUGGGUGAGUGCUGUGAGGCAUUGCCAUACUUUGCGGCUCCCGAAAGCUGUAGCUAUGAUUUUGGCGUUCAUCGAGAAGGUGCUUCUUCAAGGGUUCCGUACAAUCACUGUGCCUCGGGCCAAAUCUGUCCCUCAGGAACUCUUUCGCACUGAUGCAAAGGCAGAGGGCUCGGAGAUGUGGUUGGGAGGUUGGGCCUGCAGUGAUGCUUCAACGCCUUGGGGGUGCAGGUGGUUUGCUGAGAAAGUCCAGCAUACUGACGCUCCUUGGUUUUAUCAGGCUGGCCAGUCAUACCGCUCCAUCGCUGCACUAGAGCUUUUGUCGACGUUGGUUGCUGUCCACUUGUUUGCACCUUUGCAACCGACGAGCGCGACUUUUACCUGUUCCGCCGCGACAGACAAUCGCGGCAACAGUUUCUUGACAUCACGGUGGCUCACUACUUCCUUUCCUUUAUGCGUGGUGCUCAUGGAUUUGGCGGCAGUUCUUCAGUCCAAGUCGCUCAUGCUGGAUUUGCACUGGGCCCCUAGAUUUCAGAACACUUUGGCAGACUCUCUUACGAAUCAAGACUUUAAAGACUUCGACCCGUCCAAAAGGGUUCGCUUCGAUGUAUCUCAAUACCGUGGUUUGGUGCUGCGUGAACUUCUAGAGUCUGGCGCCGAACUUUACACCGAGCUUGCAUCUUGGAAGAAGCGAAAGGGUGGCAUUUUGCCACAGAAGAAAUCGAAGGCAGAGAAGCUGGCUGCAACCGACCCGUGGAGAUGA